AUGGCAUAUGCUCUCACCGUCCUCUUCUUUGGCUGCUGGCUGGCCGGGCAGAUCGGGAUGUCAGGAUCAUUCCUUUGGUUCAGCCCCUCCAUCUCUGUCAGCCCCGGCGCGGUGAUCGCCCCGGGGGGAGCCGUCACCAUCCGCUGUCAUUGUCGGUGUUGGGGCAGGAAGUUAUUUCUGUAUAAAGAUGGAAUCGAAAUCCGGGAGCUGGAGGGUGACGGGGACGAAUUCACCAUCCCCAGCGCCAGGUGGGAAGACGCAGGGGCCUACAGCUGCCGAUCCCACGCCCUAUGGGAGCCGCUCAACUGGUCCUAUGCCAGUGACAUCGUGCAGAUCAUUGUUGCAGAGACCUACUACCCCAAACCCUCCAUCUCCCUGCGCCCCAGCAGGGGGGUCGCCCUGGGGAGAGCCGUGACCCUCCGGUGUCGGGGUCAGCACCGGAACAUGAGGUUCCUUCUGUACAAAGAUGGAAACCCAAACGCGCUGCAGGAUGUGGAGCCUGCUGGGGACGUGACUCGGUUUCCCAUUCGCAGUGUGAGCCGGAGAGACGCCGGGAGCUACAGCUGCCGAUAUAGCACCAAAUCAGACCCGCCUGUCUGGUCGGAGCCCAGUGACCCCGUGGAGCUGGUGGUAGCAGAAGGAACCGACCCAGCUGGGCCCCAGCAGCCGGAUCCCCCCACGACGGAACCGGAGGGAGAAGCAGCCCCCCCGGGGCGCCCGGAUUUCACCCACGCCAACAUCGCCCGCCUGGCGCUGAGCGCUGUGAUCCUGCUCGUCCUGGGGCUGAUCCUGGCUGAGGCCUAUUACAGCCGCCCGAGGGGAGCACCUAGGUGA